CUGAUCUGCGCAAAAUGAGUUCUCAAUCGUCCUCUGCAGUAGAAGUUACACCUCUGCCACGCGAAGCAGGGUCGAAGGUCAACUUCGGAGCCAGUAUCACGGGCGUUAAUUUAAAUGAUUUGGAUGAUGGCUCUUUCGAGAAGAUUCGAGAAGCCAUCUACGUCCACAACGUUGUGGUGGUGAAGGGGCAACAUGAUUUACUUCCAACCAAGCAGUUUGAGCUUGUGCAUCGACUAGACCCUGACGCUCCUGCUGAACACGGUUUUCGGACCACCGAGCAAGGCAAAAAGUCAACGGGCAUUCUGGCCAAACUGAAAUGGUAUACGAUUCCCGGCACUGCUGGCGUUCAAUUAAUUGGCCAAGGAUACCAAGGGGAUGACCAUUUCGGGCUCAAAGGUAUCACGAUGAACGGUGUCGGACACGCUAGCUUCCAUGCGGACCUCUUGAGCGAAGAGGACCUGGCAAAGGGCGAUACACGUUUCGGUAUCUUCCACUUUGAUGGGAUCAUCUAUGGCAGCUAUCCUUCUCGAGUCACCACGCUACGGUCGAUUAGGGUACCAAAAGGUCCCCUGCUCACGGUCAGGUGGGAUGAUGGAAGUGGCCGGACAAUGAAGGCUCAACCAGGAGCCACUGCCUUCAUCAGCAACUCUCAAUUAUAUGGUUUGCUUACUGACGAAGAAAAGAAGUUGGUCGAGAACAGCUACUGGGAGCCGGCGCCACAUCCUUUCUCGUGGACCGAAGGUCGAAAGGCCCGGUCGACCGGAUUGGGCAUCGCACCAGGAGGUCAGGUCCUCGAUCUCGACAAGCUACCUCCGUGGACACCAGAAAAAGUCUUUUGCUUUCCUAUGGUCUGGAUGAAUCCGGUGACCGGGGAGCGAGGAUUUCAAGUCCGUUCCGAGGUCGUGCGCAAAAUUUAUUUGAGGCAUUCGCCGUUUGAAGAGCCACAUGUGAUUGACGACCUGGAAUACAUUCGAAAUUGGUUGAACAACAUCCUGGAUCGCAUCAUGGCCCCUGAGUAUGUCAGCAUUCCCGCUGUCGAGGAGGGUGAUGUCGUUAUGUUCAACAACUGGGGCGUCAUACACAGUGCGAUUGAAUGUCCUGCCAGCUAUGGAGUGAGGACUGGUGAGUAUGGGCGUCUGUUUGGAGAGUACAGCGCUGACAACAGCUAGUGCACCAAUGCCACAUCGCUUCAAGCACACCACCACUCGGUCCGUACAACACCACUAUAGUUCCGUCAUAGCUUGAGU